UAGGCCAUUUACCCGCGAGCCGCCGAGUGCGCAGGCGUCCCGACGCUUCGAGCUCCAGCCUGGAGCUGUUUCCGCUUCCCUUCGCACCGACCCCGCCCAGGCCCCGCCCCACCCAAGCCCCGGCCCACAGCUCGGGGGCGCGCGCGCGCGCGCGCGCGCGUGUGCGGGAGGGGGCGGGUGGGGAAGGAUCGUCGGCGAGAUCCUGAGGCGAGGCGAGGCUCGCGUGCCCGCCCCCGCCCUGGCCCGCUGCUCCCACCCGGUCGGCCCGGCUCAGCCAUGAUCAAGGCGAUCCUCAUCUUUAACAACCACGGGAAGCCGCGGCUCUCCAAGUUCUACCAGCCCUACAGUGAAGAUACACAACAGCAGAUCAUCAGGGAGACAUUCCAUUUGGUAUCUAAGAGAGAUGAAAAUGUUUGUAAUUUCCUAGAAGGAGGAUUAUUAAUUGGAGGAUCUGACAACAAACUGAUUUAUAGACAUUAUGCAACAUUAUAUUUUGUCUUCUGUGUGGAUUCUUCAGAAAGUGAACUUGGCAUUUUAGAUCUAAUUCAAGUAUUUGUGGAAACUUUAGACAAGUGUUUUGAAAACGUCUGUGAACUGGAUUUAAUUUUCCAUGUAGAUAAGGUUCACAAUAUUCUUGCAGAAAUGGUGAUGGGGGGAAUGGUACUGGAGACCAACAUGAAUGAGAUUGUUACACAAAUUGAUGCACAAAAUAAACUGGAGAAAUCUGAGUAUCAAAGAAUAGAGAACAAGAAAAGUGGCCCUAAGAUACAGAUGUUGGAAAGUCAGCUUAUGAGUUGGUUCUUCCCCACUACUUUGACAUGCACAGUUACUCUCUUCUUCAAAAUUAUGGCUGGCUUAGCAGGAGCUCCAGCCCGUGCUGUAUCAGCUGUAAAGAAUAUGAAUCUUCCUGAGAUCCCAAGAAAUAUUAACAUUGGUGACAUCAGUAUAAAAGUGCCAAACCUGCCCUCUUUUAAAUAAAAAAUUUAAAAGGCCACUCCCAGGUAAAAUCCAGGGGGAAAAGUCAUCUAAGUUUACCAUGCAGUUGUUUACCAAAAAUAGAGGAGGAGAGUCUUAACUUUUGCUCUUGGAUUUAAGUCAAGGUACUGUAUAGAAGUUAUGUAAAAUCAGUAUGAAAGUUCAAUGUUGCUUUUCUUGCUCAGUGAUUUUGAAGAAAUUGAGUAGUUUCAGUGUGAUUUUUUUCUUUAUUUUCUAAACUGCAUUCCUAUGGCCACCUAAGGCAUGCCUCUGUGUAUGGGCUACUACAGUAUUUUGAAAAGUGUUUGGGACAUUUCUUUAAAUUAUGUACAACCCAAAAUGUUGGUGUUUUGUAUGGAUCACAAGUGCAGCAUUCCUUAAUUCCUUCUGUUAUUUGUCACAAUUGUUAUUUAAAGAACAAAGUAUGUAUUGCAUGAAAACAUUAUGACCUUUUUCUCUUAGUUUAAAUAAACUCCAAGGUAACUGGACUUCUAAAGCACCGUUCUGUUUGCCUGAUACCUACUUUAGCAAUAAUUUUUUUUACAACCCUCUGACUCAACGAAGUAAAUAAAAGUAUAUUUUAUCACUGUUAA